AUGAUUUCUAACGGGGUUCCAGAACAAUGGCGUGAGUGUCUCAUGAAUGAUAGUACUCAAUAUCUAGAUACUAACCAGGCAUUCUUCUCGGUGAACAAUGUUAGCUUUGUGAGAGUCCCUGUUGAAGACUUGAGCCGGAAGCUGAAGAUGCGUUCCGGCCCUCCGACCGACGGCAACGUGGACCCUGUGAACGAAGGCGAUGUUACUAACAACAUCUCCUUCCUUCGCUUAUGCUAG